AUGGUCAAGGUAGCUAUCAUCAUCCCAUUCAGAAAUCGUUAUGAACACCUGAGCCACUGGCUGCAUUACCUCCAUCCGAUCCUCAUACGACAGCAGCUGGACUACAGUGUGUACGUCAUCAACCAGGAGGGAGACGGAGUGUUUAACAAGGCUAAACUGAUGAAUAUUGGACACACUGAAGCCCUGAAGGAGUAUGAUUAUGAGUGUUUUGUCUUUUCUGAUAUAGACCUGGUACCUCUCAAUGAUCGGAACCUCUACAGAUGUUCUGAUAAGCCAAGACACUUAUCUGUUGCUGUAGACAAGUUUAACUUCACAUUACCCUACAACACCAUCUUUGGUGGGGUCACAGCGUUGUCCAGAGAGCAGUUUUUGAAAGUUAACGGCUUUUCAAACACGUUCUGGGGCUGGGGGGGUGAGGACGACGAUCUAUACCAGCGGAUCGUUUUCCGAGGAAUGUCCAUAUCCCGACCAGACUCUGUCAUCGGAAGGUACAAGAUGAUCAAGCAUGGAAGAGAUUUGCACAAUGAUCGUAAUCCAAAUAAUGUUCAGAAACUGAAAGAAACGCCUCAAACUAUUGACAGAGAUGGACUUAAUUCUCUCAGUUAUACAGUCAGGAAGAUUAGGAAGGAUUUAUUGUACACAUUUAUUACUGUAGAUGUUCAGACUCCAGCAGGCUGAUCACCAACUCUGAGUCCUGGUCUUUAGUUGAACAAUGAUUCAAUUAAGUUUGUCCCACAGCUUACAUUUUCGAUCAAAACAAAAGUUAACAUUCAUGUAAAACUCUUUUUUAGUUUCACCAACAUGCAACUAAGAUAAGAAACAGUGUUUAUGUUGAUUGAGACUCUUAUUCCUGUGGGGGCUCAAACCCACUAAACCUGAAGUAGGUUUUGGUCUAUAAGCUGAUGAAAGUUGUUUUUUCAGUUUCAGUGUACAAAUAAAUCUGGUGCAUGGAGGAAUCCAUUUUCAUCUGUUUCACCAAUCCUCUUCAUUUGCUUUCUGUUUUUUCAGUAAUCUUCUCAAUAAGUACUUUGAGAGUUGUUCUCAGAUAAACAUUAUGGUGCCUGGUGGGUCUGGCGGCUACAACCAGCGAUGGAUCUCAGAUCACAGAGGUACACUUGAGUGAAGCCUUGAAGGAAACCAGUUAAAGCACAUAAAUAAACAUCAACAUAAUCAAGUACAGACAAAAAAAGUACCUGUUAUCUCUCCAGAAUAAAUGUCCAAAACAUUUUAAUUUGGCUGCUAAAACUUCAACUCCAAACAGCCCAACCCUUAUCUGUUCCUCUGAACUGAACAUUUUUUAAUUUUGUCUAUUCUGGUCACUUCCAAUUCAGGUCAGAACAUCUUCAUCCUUGCAGCCUCCAACUCAGCGUUCUCUCCUUUAAAAUAAAAUAAUGUUUUCAACACAGACCAUCCGUGACAGCGGCAUUAAUGGCAGUAUUGGAACUUCGCUCUCUUGUACUUUGUUUUUGAGUGUUUAAUCUGCCCUCUGCCACCAUUCUGUGUUCAACUUCACAAGAGAGGAACUCAUAAACAUCAGACAGUCUUCUCUGGGCAUUUUUCUUCAUUUAUUAUUGACCCUAACUUCACUGAGAUCUUGAGUGGUGGUGCAGCGGUUAGUGUUGGGGCACUUUUGAAGGUUCGGCAAGAAGGACUCUGCGCACCCUUACCCUCAGUCCACCUGGCUAAUGUUCUCUCUAUGGCUAACAAAUUUGACAAAUUGCAGCUUCUGGACUUGUGUUACAGAGGAUUAAAGGUUAUUUAAGUGGCAGAAAGCACGAGCUAACUGGAGGAUGUGAGUUCACAGUGUUUGGACAUUGCUUGUGGGGUUCUGCAAGGGUCAGUUUUAGGUCUUAAAUUCUUUAUAUCAUAUGUAAACA